AUGUUUCAAGAAUUUACAGUGAAACCAAAAAGUCAAGCUGUUAUGUACAAUGGAAGCAUAACUCUAAACUGUGAAGCCAAGCUGGUAUCUUCCCCCUUGGAACAGCUGUCCUAUGCUUGGUAUCUGAAUGGGGGACCACGUCCCCAGGGUAGCUCUAUAUUUGUCAACAACUCCCUACUUAUACAGAACAUCCAUGAGGCAGAACUAGGAAACUACACCUGUGUUGUAUCCUCAGGUGAUGGGAGCUCACAGUUAGCUGUGUCCCCUCCUGCUCAAAUCAAACAUGCAUAUAUCCGUUCAUUUGUGAUGAAUCCUAAUGGUGGGACUGUGACAGAGGGAGACACAAUAACACUGGACUGUGUUACAGGGGAGAGCUCCCCACCCCCAGGGAUCUUCUGGGAAAAAGAUGGUGUUCUAUUCAGGGGUGGAUCUCAGUACAAUGCCACCUAUAAGAGUGCCUCUUCCUUGGGUUUUGUUCAACAGUUCAGCAUGAAGUUGGUCCUAGUAGCUACUCCAGAGCACAGUGGGAAGUAUAACUGUGCUGCUAGGAACAGCAUGCUUGGAAUAACUGUUAGAAGUCUACAAGUGUUUGUAGGAGUUACAGCAUUUGAGUUUGCAGCAAGAGUUGACUUAAACUUGUAUAAGAGGGAUAUUUUGACUCCAAAGGACCAGCCCUUUAUCCUGGACUGCCCAAUAAUUGGAUACCCCACCCCAGUCAUCACCUGGAAAAAGGGCCAGGUGCCCCUUACACCAGUCACCACUAACCAUACCCUCCUGUCCAAUGGUAGUCUCUACUUCCAGUCCUUUCAGCUGGAGGAUCAGGGAUACUAUAUCUGCGAGGGGAUAAACAAACUAGGGAGGGAUACAUCACCUGACAUUGUAUUACAGGCAGCUUAUAUUGACUUUGAAUUUUCUCGACAUCCAACUUCAAAAUAUGCCAUAGCAGGCCUGCCCACAACCCUGCCUUGUUCUCCUCCUACUUCUAAUCCCCCUGCCAAAGUCACAUGGUAUAAGAACAACCAACCCUUGACCAACAAGUUUAAUAAUAACAGUAAGACCGUGUUAAUUAUGGACCCUGACAAUGGCGUAUGGGACCUGUUUAUAUCUGAUGUACAGAGAAUUCAUGAGGGGGAAUACUUCUGUGUCGCUGAGAAUGUUUUUGCUGUUCCAACAUCUAGAACAUCUAAAGUGGCCACACUUCGAGUAGGAGGAGCACCUACAUUUGUGCAGCCCCCAUUGAGCCAGUCUGUUAUCAAAGGUCAAGGUCUAGUGCUGAUUUGUCUGGUUCAAGGAGAUCCAGAACCAGAAAUAACCUGGUUGUUCAAUGGACAGCCAGUGACAGAUGGAGCCUAUACAACAGCAUUCAGCAUGAAGAACCAGGAGCUUCACAUUGCCAAUGUAAACAAAGCAUGGGAGGGCUAUUUCACCUGUAGAGCCAAUAAUUCAUACGGAAAAUCUGAGGCCAUGGCGUACGUGACUGUCAAAGUCCCGGUGGUGAUUACCAAGCCAGUGGUCAAUUUGACGGUAACUGUUAACAACCAGGUGUUCUUGCCUUGUGAAGUCUAUGGAGACCCAGCUCCAAACAUAACUUGGUACAAAGAUCAGGGCCCUCUAUCCCUCAGCAGUCAAGUUCGUCAGACAGUAGAUGGACUUUUUAUUAAUGAUGUAAACAUGACUGAUGAGGGAACUUACACCUGCCUGGCAACCAAUGAGGCAGGCACUGCACAAUCCUCAGGAAUACUGAUUGUUCAGGCUCCACCAGUAUUUAAGAUGAUCCCAAAGAAUGUUACUGUGGUGAUCGGUGGCACUGCUAACUUCAAUUGUAGUGUAGGCAGCCAUCCUGCUUCAACUAUUGUAUGGCAAUUUAAUGACACCAAUCUGCUUCCAGAUGGAGUAUUUAUUAAUCUAGACAAUAGUGUACACAUUACCACGGCAACCUGGCAACAUGUGGGAAAGUACACUUGUGUGGCAUCCAAUGUUGUUGGUUCAGAGAACAUGUCAGCAAAGCUCUCUCUCCAAGUGCCUCCAAAAGUGAAAUAUAUUCAAGGAGAUCUAAUUGUUGUAAGAAACCGGGCCACCACCCUAACCUGUAAAGCAGAGGGGAUCCCUGCCCCACAUGUCAUUUGGUACAGGCGAGGAUCCAAGAUUCUCUCCACUGCAGAUGGGAGGAUUGUAGUAACUAGUGAGAGACAACUCCUCAUUAAGGUCGCCAAUGCAGGGGAUGGAGGUGACUAUACUUGUUCUGCUGUCAAUGAAGCAGGAUCAGAUCAAGCUGAAGUCUCUCUCCAUAUUGUCCAGCCACCAUUACCACCGACUUUGUUGGACCCCAUAGCAACAUCUUCGACCUCUGUGACCUUGAGAUGGACACCGGUCACACAGAACUGGUACACAUCAGUGACCAACUAUAUAGCAUACUAUAAACAGAGACAUGAGCUGACGUACACUAAAUAUGAUAUCCUGGCAGGAGCCAAUGAUGUGUCUCAUAAUGUACAGGGUCUGCAGUCUGGGGCGGAAUACUUGUUUGUGGUAACAGCCACAAAUCAGGCAGGGGAGGGAGGGAGGAGUAACAGUAGAUCAGCCAAAACUUUUAAUGCAGAUCCAUCAAGCCCCAGAAAUGUGCAUAUUAGUAAUGUGGCAUCAAGCUCCAUCACAGUUAGCUGGGAGGUUCCAGAAAAAACUAAUGGAAUUAUUCAGAAGUACCAGAUCUGGUAUCAAAUUAGCCAAUCAAAUGAAGGGCCAGAGAAAAUUCAGGUUCGGGCUCCUACCACUUCCUACACUGUGACAGGGCUACUAGCUUACACCAAGUACCAGUUUAAUGUCAGAGCAGCCACAGUGGAGAACGAUGUUGAUCUGUGGGGAAAUUUCUCCACCAUGGUGGUCACUAGAACAGAGGCGGCAGCUCCAGGUGGUGCCCCACUUUCAGUUGAAGUGAGGCCGAUGUCUUCCACUGAAGUGCAAGUUUCUUGGCAGGCCCUAUCCAAUAACAAACAUAAUGGACCCCUGAAAUUCUACCAUAUAAGAUACAAGUCUACAGCGCCUUCUUCUGGCUUCUCGGAGGUGAAGACCGUUAAUUUUAGUGAGACUUCUGGGAUGAUAAAUAACCUUCAACCCUGGACAGAGUACGCCAUUACCGUGGAGAUGGAGAAUGUGGCAGGAACAGGUCCCCCCAGUCCAGAGGUCAAAGUUCGUACUUAUGCAUUAGCCCCUAGUAGUCCCCCAACAAAUAUCCGACUUACGGCAGUGUCCAGCAGUGUAGUCAGUAUACAGUUUAAGUUACCAGACCCCUCCACUUGGAAUAGUGAUAUUUCUGGUAUAGUAGUGGAGGUUCAGAAAGAUGGGGAUAAAUCGUCAAGGGAGGUCACUCUUCCUACAACUCCAGGCCCUCUCCCAUACAAUAUCAGUGACCUUGAACCAUGGACUUUGUACAAUGUUAGAGUUGCACUAUACACAUCUCAGGCAGACAACGGAACAGGCCCUUGGAGUGAAUGGAGGCUAGUUCAGACCCAACAGUCAGAACCAGACAAGGUUAGGCAGUUUGGUUACCAAGGAACCCCUACCAGUAUAACCGUUUACUGGUCACCUCCCCUUAAACCUAAUGGAGUCCUUGAUUUCUAUGUAGUUAAGCACUACCCUUUACCAAACGGACAGACAAACAAACAGAAUGGUCUCACGGAAUCGGCAGAAGCUUACUUGUCACCUGUUCCUUAUCCAGUUAUAUAUAAUGCCUGUGAUUCUCUGAUUGAUUUGAAUUCUUCUUUUUCAUCAAUCAUGGAUGACAUCCUUCAGGAGAUUCUAGAAAACAGAGACUCCAUCAUGAUGAACAAUUUUUCUGCAUUUGUAUUCAAUUUUAUAAAUCUUCAUUUGACAUCAAAUAAUGUCACAGAUGAGGAGAAUUUUAAUUUGAGCCUUAGUAUAAUCAGUGAUUCCUUUAGUAUACUGGAUUUGAAUGCACUGACUUGGAUAUCUGCCUGGAAUAGAUCAGUGUUUGAUCUUUGCAGUGAAUUAUUGUGGGUCAGAAAUGGUCUGAUAUACAAAAAUACCACAGCGACCCGGACUGUCUUAGAGAACCUGCAGCCCUCCACGGAAUACGUGGUGGGAAUAUCAGCCAUCAACCCCAAGGGAGAGGGCACUGUUUCAGUACAUACUGCCAAAACUGACUCUCUUCCCCCACCUCCAUCAACACCAAACACCACAGACAGUACCACCACAAACACCACCACUGCCCUUAGUAACUCCCUGCCCCAGGGUCAGGAGGACAAACUACCAGUGUACUUAGGGGGUGUGGCAGCAGGGGCUGUACUGGUCAUCUUCAUACUGGCCAUAGUUCUGUGUAUCUGCAUCAAGCAGAGAGAGAGGCAGAAUCUGGUGGCUUAUGGAAACUUUGAAACAAGGUCAUCUGAAGGGAAAUUUGGGGAAAUGCCCAGAGACAGGUCACCAAGCUUGUCAACCAAAGAUGCUUCUGAGGAUAAUAAUAACAGAGAUACUAGGCACUCCACAUCCAGAAUCCACUUUCUGGGGGAUGCAGUCAAAUAUGGUACCAACUCUACAGUAUCUGAAACACAGAGCUAUGGUCAUCUGAAGGAGAGCCAAUCAGUGGCUGCUUCCUCCACCUUCCCAGGUAUCCGAAUCCACAAACCAGACCCAACAGGUAUAGAAAAUCUGUCCUACAAGCAGGGUGUGUCUGACCCUGGGGGUGAGUGGCGACCAGACAGGGAAUCUAUCUGUGUCUCCAUGGAUCUCUCUGCGGAGGAAGUCUACUCACGGGCUUCCACACUGCAAAGGAAAGGCCAACUGAAAACAGAGAAUGCAGAAGCAAUAGCUGUGAUGAGGAAUAGUAACCUACCACUAGGUGUUGAUGAUACAGACUCUCUCAUACCUAAUGAUUCUGUAGUCAUUUUUGCAGAAAGGACUGCCCUUUGAUUUAAAAUGUAAAUUCUCAGUUUAAUAUUCAUGGCAUAAAAUGACAAACUUUGUCAAAGUUUGUUGUUCACAGCCAUAUUGAAACACAAGCUGUUUAACACAGUAUGUUGUUCAAUCAGUUCCUACCGUAUAUACUCGCCUAUAAGUCGGUCCGCCUAUAAGUCGGCUGUAUUUUUUAAGCUUAUAUUAGAGGGCUUGAAACUCUAAAAUACCAAUCUUUUUAUAACUCGCCUAUGAGUCGGAUAUAGAGUUUUGGACCAAUAUUUAACUCCCAAAAAACCGACUUAUAGGCGAGUAUAUACGGUAGUUUUAAGACUUGCAGAUCACUUAUCAUUGCUGGGUUUUUUUUAUGCCCCCAUAAUUGAAGACUUGUGGGCUUAUAGUUUUUGGUAUGUCUGUUUAUCUACAAAAACUUUAACCUUGCCUAUAACUUUUAUAUGGUUGGUGAUGGGGCUUCUAAAUUUCUAAUGUAUAUUCCUUGUGACAAGACCUUCCUUUGGGUACCAAAAUGUUUUAACUCUUGACCUUGGAGUUUGACCUACGUUUGAAAACUUUAGCCUUGGCAUUGAACUGCCAUAUAGGGCCACCAUUGUUUCACAAACACAAUUUGUUUAUACAUUACAUUAAGAUAGCCUCUCAAGUUUGCAAUUCUUGUUACUUCUCAACUUAUCACUAAAUUCUCUUUGCUAAUAAUUCACAUCAUGGUUUGUCCAUUCUUCGCUGUAUUACCUACAUAUAUGACGCCUCCAGUUGAGAUUCAGGGUGCAUUGAACAUGUUCCUCAGGUAAUUUUGAAAAGACAAAAUCACUGUUGUCAAUAUCAUGGUUGUCUGUGAAAGAACUAUGUGGUUAGACAAGAUUUCUAAAUUCCAAGUGUACUGUCUCACAAGGAAGGAGAUGACACCUUUGCUGUGAGGAAGCCACAUUAACAAAGAAAGAUAAAUUUUUUUUUUAUUUCUAGACAGUAGAGCAGUUUUUCAAUUGUCUAUGCAAGAACUACAGUAUCUGGUUCAAAACAAGGUUUCAAUAACACAAUUAUAUGGAAUUGUGUUUGUCUUCUGUUGUUUAAAUAUUGAUGUAUUUAAAUUAAGUAUUGAUUAAAGCAGAGUAAGGAAUUGAUAUUUUUAUGAAAGAUUCAUAUAUGCUGUUGUAUGAAAUUGUAAUUAAGUUGGUAAUUUUAGUUAAGUCUAUUGACAUUCCAAAAUAUUUGCAUGAUUGUAUGUAAAUAGAUUUAAGGGUUAAUGAAAUGUGUUAGCAUUCCAAAUAAUUGUAGGUUGUGUUUUACAAAGAAAAUCCACCAGAAUAAUGACCAAUAAUCAAUAUUCCUUUUGUGCUUACAAGCAUGUACACAUUUAUUGCUGACAUGAUUUUGUGUGGUUGUUUUUAUAUUUUGAUAAAAAGUGUGCUAUUGAAAUGAUGCAUUUACAUUUUCUCCAUAAUUGAAUGUCAUCUUUCUUUUUUUAACUGAUGGGCAACCAAGUAUACAUGUAUCAUUGUUGUGUAUUAGAGCACAAGUACUUAUACUUCCCGUAAUAAACACACUUUCUCUGAUGUUUUCAAAAUAUUUUAUAGCUAUAAUUAUCUUUCAAAUGUACAGAUCACUGUUAAAGUCAUAUAUGGUGUAUUUUUUAUAAA